AAAUAUGAUUUUAAAGCUUAUAUUUAUAAUUUUUUUUUCAAUUAUACUUUCUAUUUAUUUAUUAUUUCGUCCUAACUAUAAUGGAUUAAUUACUCAUAAUAAUGCUAAAUACGGAACUAUAAACAUUAGAAGAGAUAAUAACGGUAUUCCACAUAUAAAAGGCAAAACUUUAAAUGAUGUAUGCUUUGGAUAAGGUUUUGUACAUGGCUAAGAUAGACUAUUUUAAAUACAUAUAAAAAAAUAAUUAAUAAAUGGCAAACUAAGUUUACUUUCUGGAGAAAAAUCACUAUAAAUUGAUAAAUUUUUUAGAACCGUAGGUAUACAUAGAAUAGCUAAAAAGAUAGCCGAAAAAUUAUAAGGUGAAUAAAAAUAAUGCAUAUAAGCCUAUUGCGAUGGUAUUAAUCAUUACUAUAAUUCUUUAAAUAUAAAGCCUUUAGAAUUCUAUCUAGUUUAAUAAGAUUGGUAAGAUUAUAGGCCAGAAGAUGUUAUUGGAUAAGAAAGAUUAUUGAUUUUUCUUCUAGGUUAUGAUUAUGUAUGGGAAGCUAUAAGAAGUAAUUUAGCUGAAUAAUUUGGAUUUGAAGAAGCUUAAUUAAUAACCGGAGCUAUAUCAGAUUCUUAAUUUGUGGAUGUAACAAUUAUGGAUGACUAAGAUUUAAAAAAUAAUAAUUUAUAUGAAAAAUAUUAAAGAAAUAGUACCAAAAACUAUCUAAAUUCUAAUCAAAAAAAACUAUAAAAUAAUAAAAAACACCAAAAUUUUAUUGAUUCUUAAAUUGCAGAUGUUUUAAAUGAAUUAUAUAUGGGUCCUAAUGGAAGUAAUGCUUGGGUAAUACAUGGAAAUCAUACAAAAUCAGGAAAACCUUUACUUGCAAGUGAUCCACAUUUGUAAUCUUCGAUACCCACUUAAUGGAUAUAAAAUGAAUUAUUAAUAGAAUCUGAGAAUAUUUUAUUAAUCGGAGGAUCUAUACCUGGUGUACCUUUAAUAUAAAAUGGAAGAUCCGAAUUUUUUAGUUGGGGAACAACAGUACUUUAUGCCGAUACAGCCGAUUUAUAUAAAGAAACAAUAGAAGACAAUAAGUAUUUACUAGACAACAAAUGGAUUCCAUUACAAACAGUAGAAGAACUAAUAUACAUAAAGGGGCAAAAUGAGCCUUAUGUACAUAACGUUAAAUUAACUCAUAGAGGUCCUAUAUUGAAUAAUAGAUUUGAUAAAACAUCUAAAACUUCUUUAACUGAAAUUGGAGUAGAUGCAUCUUUAGUAUGGAUAGGUUAAAUAUUAAGUAGUAAUUUUGUAGAUAGUAUUUUAGUCGUGGCUAGAUCUUAAAAUACAUAAUAAUGUGUUAAUGCUUUUAAAUAAAUGAUUGGACCUGCACUUUCUAUUGUUUAUGCUACUAAGACUGGUGAUAUAGGCUUUUUUGGUUAUGGAAAAAUACCUAUUAUUGAAGAUAGUGCAGAAGGAGCAUUUUUAAAAGAUGGAACUUCUUCAAAAUAAGACUGGUUGAGAUUUACUAAUUCUUCUGAAAAUCCAUAAAUGAUGAAUCCUUCUAAAGGAUAUAUUGUAACUGCUAAUAAUAGAUUUGCUAGUGAUAAUAUACUUAAUCAUUUAACAGUUAAUUAAUUAUCAACUUCUAGAGCUUUAAGAAUUAAUCAAUUAAUAUAAGAACAUAUUAAUAAAGGUUUAAAAUUUGACAUUGAAGAUAUGAAAAGAAUACAAUCAGAUACUGUAGAUUCUUAUGCUUAACUUAUUUUACCUCAUUUAAUUUAAUUAUAUGAAAAAAAAGGAAUGGAAGUAUUAGGAAAUGAUUAAAAAUUAUAUUAAAAAGGAUUAAAAAUGCUUAAUCUUUUAAAAGAUUGGGAUUCUAAUUUAAGUUUGGAUAGUUUCAAGGCUUCUAUUUUUAUGAGUUGGGAGUAUUUGUUUUGUUAAAAGAGUUUAAUGGAAUUCGAUGCUUAAGAAAAAGACAGAAAAACAAUAACUAUGGGAUUACUAUUUGAAAAUUACUAUUUCAAAAAAAUAAAAUAAUGGAGUACUAAUGAAGAUACAAAUUAUGAUUAUAAAUGGUGUAAAAAUAAAGAAAAUUAAAACUCGAAAUUUAGUUGUUUGUAUAAUGUUAUUUAUUCUUUUACUUAAAUAGAAGAUUUCUUAUAUACUAAAUUUUAAACAACAGACCAUAAUGAAUGGAAAUGGGGAAAAAUGCAUAGAAACAUACUAGCUCAUUAAGCCUUUACUAAGAAUUUCCUAAGACAUAUUUUCGAUAGAAAAGUAGAAAUUUAUGGUAAUAGAAGAACUAUUGCUGUUUCUCUUUAAAACUGGAUAGAUGAUACUUUUGAUUCUUCUUAUGUAGCUAAUUAUAGAAUGAUUGUUGAUAUGAAUGAUAAUAAAUAAGAUUAUUGGGUAGUAGAAGCUGGCGUAUCAGAAAAUAUAUUCUCUGGGCAUUAUGAUGAUUAAAUGAGUCUCCAUAAAAAUUUUUAAUAUUUAUAUAUGUAAAGAGGGUUCGAAAAUUUCGAGAAAAAUAAAUAUUAUUCAUAAGAUUUAAAAUAUAAAGAAAAUAAAAAAAAAGAUUUAUGA